AUGGCUGAUGAAUUCGCUGACAAGGAGUAUGAGGAGGGUGACAAUCUUGUCGAAUGGAUAAAUGCACACAAAAAUGCCUAUCUUGUGUCUUUGGAAAGUAAACAUUUGAACGAUGAUCAGGUUAGAAUAAUUGCAACUGAAUUAAAAGCAAAUAACGAUUGGAAGAACGUUGUUUUGACCGAUAAUCAAAUAUCAGGUGCCAUACGCGUUCAGUAUUUAGCGGAUGCAUUAAUGGUAAACAAAGAAUUGGACACUCUUACUCUGUCAAAAAAUUAUCUGUCGGAUGAAGGUCUAAAACUAAUUUCGAUUCGUUGA